CUAGAAAUUAAGUAUCAAACUUUAGAAAAACAUAUUUUUAGUUUUAAAAAUGGCUACACUGUUUAAAACGAACUAAUGUUUGAUGUUGGAAGUCGGUUAUUAUUUAAUCCAAAAUUCAGAUUCCAAGGCCCAGGCUGAGAAAAUGUCUGACUAAUGAGUAGUAGACUUGAAAUUUGAACAAUAAUUAUUGACCAUUCAACAUUAAAUUUUUAAUCUUGUCUUCCAUUUCACUGGCUAUUGCUUAUAGAUUUUAUCUCAUUAUGGAGAAUAUAGACAACAUAUUAAUGAAACAAAUCGAUUAUAAAUUUGGAUCUUUGGAAGCAGAACCAUUUUGCUAUAUCUGGCAGAUGAAAAGAUUGAAAUCACUACAAAAUUGGACCAUGGCUAAACCUAGUGCUAAGGAAAUGGCUGAAGCAGGUUUCUAUUGCCCAAACCCGGAUAUACCUGAUACAGUAAGAUGUUUUUCGUGUUUCAUCGAAUUGGAUGGUUGGGAGCCGACUGACAAACCUUGGGAAGAACACAAGAAGCGGGCCUUAUCGUUAAACCCACCGUGUAGAUUUAUUGAAAUAGGUAAGAAGGAAUCAGAUUUUAUCGUAGAUGAUUUCUUAGAAAUUCAAAAGAGUGUAAUUUUACGCAUUUUCAAUGAAAAAUGUGAAAAGCUCAUAAAAACAUCUUUAUCUCUUCACAAAAAGAAAAAAACAGCACUUAAAAAAGACCUACAAAAAAAGGGAAUGUCAUGAAAAAAAAGUAAUAUUUAUA